AUGGACGCCCGUCACCGUGAAGAGACUAGGGUACGACGUCGAAGGGCCCUUGCCUGUAUCGAGUGCCGGAAACGAAAGCUGCGGUGUGACCACAAUCGCCCUUGUAGCAAAUGUCAACGGGCGAAGAAUCGGACAUGUAUCUAUCCUGCCAAUGCUCCUCUUGCCAGUCCGGAAAAUCAUAUCAACUACCGACAGGGUAGUCCGUCAAACAUCCAACAGCGCCAGUCCGACCCGGAACAUGGAAUGUUAGCCCAAACACCACAGCCCGCGGACCAAGACCGGGUCUUCACCAGCAGCACCGAUGGAAGAUGGCACUCGUCUUCAUUCGGAAGCGUCUUACUCAGUCAGAUCUCGACUCCGGGGACUGUUUUCCCUCUCGCGAUGACUGAGACUUCUACGCGCCGACCAGCACCAGAGCCACUCUAUCCAGCCGAGGAGUCACCUACUAUCUGCUCACUCACCGAGCUUACAUCUUUACCGACUAUAAUGAUUGUUAAAUCACGAUAUAUUUCACCAAGUCACUGGCUGUACUCAGUGAUGCUAGUAAGUCAUAGCAGUUUGUCGCGUUGA